AUGCCCCAUCCCACCGAAUCCAUCCUGAUUACCAACAGUGGCGCCGACCAAUUCUUGGCAGGCUAUGUUUGGAGGAGGAUUGGAAUCACUGGAAGACAUAUUGCACUCACAGGGCCUAUUGCAGGUCGAGACAUUGGUACUGUCUUACCAGUGUCAUCAGUUGCCGCUAAGAUAAUUGAUGAACACGGCAACACCUAUUGUGGUAAAGCCCAUGAAGUCCUCCACGACACUAACCCACACCAACAUGAAUCUUUACUCCCUCCAGCUCAAGCCCGCGCUGCUGGUAACGCUGUGGAUGAGUGCCCAUCUGAUGCACUAACACCAAGAGGUGACUAUGGAACUCAAUGUUGUGUGAUUAGUGGCCAUACACUUCCGUUAUUCUUUGAUGGAUUCAAGUGUUAUUACCGUGAGGAGGCCAUCACUGAUGAAGAAAUGAGAACUUUGCCGGAAAUUGUAUUCACCAGUGAUGAGGAGUAUGAGCCUUCUGCCCGCAGUAAAUCUCGACGCUUCCCAGCAGAAAAGAUUGAUUGGAAGCGAACGAUGGCUUUUCCUCCGGAUGAUGUCCUGAAGCACACUCUCGCCGCGACCACUCAACUGGUUCCCACUGUUGAGGCCGAAAGUCGUGAGAUUAUGAGAGACCAUUUGAAAUCUAGACUAACAUGUCUGCGUUAUCAGCGUCGUCGGGACGUCAAUUUUCUUGAUACCUUCAAGGCCAACAUCAAAUUGGUUCGUGGAUUUUUGUACUUCAAUUUAUUUUCAAGUCAGAGGUCCGGAUACAACCACCCCAUUCUGAUGCAGCGCAAGAGUGAAUCCCCGGAAACACUCGAGGCGCAUUUUGACCACUGUGGAACCCCCCACACUUUGAAGUCAGAUAAUGCAAAAGAAUUCCGUUCCAAGCAGUUCCAUCGCCAACUCCGAAAGUACCAAGUGUCCUCCAAGUACACUGAACCACACCACCCGAAUCAGAACCUUGCUGAGCCAAGAGGUGGAAGGUUGAAACAUGUGGUCCAACACAUUCUGUUGACUACUGGUGCUCCUACUGAGUAUUGGUGUUACUGUGUCAAAUACGUUGCUUUUGUGAAAGCAAGAACCUACAAGAGAUCGCUACGCUUCCGAACCUCUUGGGAAUUUCAAUUUGGAGGUGUUCCGGAUAUAAGCAAAUGCAGAUUCUCUUUCUGGCAACCUGUAUGGUUUUACAAUCCUAGAGGAGCGUUUCCAAGACAGAGGAUGAUGAAAGCGCGGUUCCUGGGAUUCAGUCUUGACUCUGGUGAUGAUUUUACAUAUGUGAUAGUCACUGAUCCUGAUUCUGACAAAGAACCACGUCGGAUCUUUACCCGCUCCGUCAUCCGCCCGCGGCAUGUUCGCGAGGCCGCACCUGUUGUGGUCCGAAAGGGGAAGACAAAGUUCGAAAUUUACAAGAAGGAUGAACGCACCAUCUUGGAGGGAAUAGCUGAUCCUGAUUUUCCGCCUCGACUUUCUGAAAGGGCGCCGAAUCCACUAUUGACCAUCCAAGAGGAGCCCGAACCCUUGGACACUGUAGAGGAGUAUGAAAGAGCUAUCGAAGAAGUAUAUGGAACACCUCCUUCGAAACGACUUCGUACCGACCCUACGUCCGAUGAUGCUUUGUUACGAACUGAUCUAGAGGAGCUCCAGCCUCUCUCUGUUAAGACCUGUCCAGCGCCGGUAACACAAGAGGAACACACCCAAGUGACAGAUCAAGGUGAACAUGCCUCAGAAUCAGAUGAUGAUGCUUUGGUUCAGUUAGCUGGUGAUGACUCGGUUCAUUCUGCCGAUGGAGACCUCGAUGAUCACCAUGUGACACCGGAGUCGCUUGACGUCCAUCUCCAAAACAUAGCUGGUAUUUUGGAUGAUGAAGACCUUUUUGAUUCGGUAAAUGGGCAUGAAUUUCGUAAGGGAGUCCUGUUUCUCCGAAUUCUCUGGAAGACUGAUGAAACCUCUUGGGUAACUUAUUGCGCUUGUCGUGAAGAUUUUCCCUAUGAGACCGCCAAGUACAUCUGUGCCAACAAGAUUGGGUCCUGUUCCGGUAACCACAAGCAUGGACCACACCAACGUUGGGCACGAACGUUCUUGAAAAAGACUCAACGUGUCAUCAGUCGAUUUGUAAAGUACUACGGUUAUUCCAAGCCUAUGAAGGAAGACCAAGUAUUUUCCUGUCCCAAAGAAGACGACAGCUACCAGAUUCAAUACACCAAGUGUUUCAAGAAGUCCACCCCCCGCCAGAAUCGACGUGCCAAGAAGCCUGGACGUCUCCAACGACCUCUUCCUGUCAAGUAUGGCAUUCCGAUUCCGCGGACCGUUAGACAAGCGCUUGCUAUUGAUGACGAAAACGGAAACCACCUAUGGAGAGAGGCAAUGGAGAAAGAGAUUGCCUCUCUCAUUGCAAUGAAUUGCUUUACCUUUCACCCGUCUGAUUACAAGCCUGGCCCAAACUCUCAGUUUGCUCCUUUGCAAAUGAUUUUUGAAGCCAAGCAAGAUGGACGACGCAAAGGAAGAUUGGUUUGCGGAGGUCACCUCGUGGACCCCCGAGGGAUCUUGACUAAGUCUACUGUUGUGAAGGGUGUCAGUGUCAGAUUGCUAGACAUGAUUGCCCACCGUGAUGGUUUGACUAUUCUCCAUGGAGAUGUUGGCAAUGCUUUCAUUACUGCCAAAUGCCUAGAGGAGAUACAUUCUACUGCUGGCCCCGAGUUUGGAGAGCGUGAAGGCGCUGUUGUUACUAUCAACAAGGCCCUCUACGGCUUAAGGUCUAGCUCCAGGGCCUACAGAGAAACUUUUGCUGCGUUUAUGCGUACAAUUGAUUUUGAACCUACUCGGUACAACCGUGACGUCUGGAUGAGACUCUGUGAAGACGAAUCUGGGUACGAUUAUCUUUGCACUCAUGUCGACGACUUCAAAGUUGUAGCCAAGGAUCCUCAACGGUGGGUCAAUGCUAUUGCUGGUGCCUUUCAAUUGAAAUGCUCCGGUGCGCCAGACUACUACCUUGGUAUGGAUUAUUACUUUGAUGAUGCAAAUAAGGUUUGGUUGACAGGUUCCAAGACCUAUGUGGAAGAAUGCAUUCGCCGGAUCCAAGCGUUACUACCUAACGGAUCCCAGCUCUGUGUUCAUUACACUCCUGCACCAUCUGAAGGACCAGCUUCUCAUCCUGAAACGGAUACUUCAGAUUUCCUUGACGAUGCCGGAAAACGCCAAUAUCAGAUGUUGGUGGGCAUGGCCCAGUGGGCCGUCACGAUCGGACGUAUGGACAUUGCUUAUGCAGUUGCCUCGUUAAGUCGUUUUUCUGCUGCUCCUCGCCAAGGACACCUGGAAUUAGCUUUUUAUCUUUUUGGAUACCUGAAGCGUUUUCCCAGCAAGCAACUUCCUGUCUGCUCCGAUCCCCUUGAAAUCCAUCCUACUCUACUUGACAAGAAAGGUGAUUUUAUCCCAGAUUUCUUGAAGGAAUAUCCGGAUACCAAAGAAGAUCGUGACCCCAAGGAACCAAAAGCUUACGAGAAACCGGUACAAAGAAGUGUGCUUUUUGACGCCAAUUUGGCCCACGAUUUGCAGACUUGUCGCUCUAUCACUGGUCCGCUCGUGUAUGUCGAAAGUACUCUCGUUUCAUGGACUUCUAAACGUCAGGGCUGCAUUGCUUCAAGCACAUAUUGCUCGGAGUUUAUCGCAAUGCGCGCUGCAGUAGAGGAGGCCAUGUCCCUCAGGUACAUGUUACUGUCACUGGGCGUUCCUGUUGAGGAACCUACCAAUCUAAUUGGAGACAACCUCGGAGUGAUCCAAACUGCUAGCAUUCCUGAAGCGGAUCUCAAGAAGAAACAUGUUGCGAUUUCCUACCACUGUGUCCGUGAGGCCGUUGCUGCACAAAUUGUCAAACCCAUUUGGUGUGAUACCAGUGAAAAUUGGGCCGACAUUUGUACUAAAGCGUUGGGAGGCGUCAAAUUGAAUGCCAUUCUCAGUAGAACUAUGCUUUAG